CUGACCGCGUGGGCGGACUGCUUCACUCAUUCAUCCCUCCAUGAGUCAUCCAUCGUCACGAGUCUCAGUUGCUCUUCGAGCGCUACUCACGUCCGUCAUGCACAACGCACUGCCAGCCAGACAUACGCAUAUAUAUGCAUGCACCCAAACACAUGACUUCAACACAGCUGAUGGAUGACUCAUGAAGCAGAAGCCAAGCACCAAACAACCUCAUCUCGCUCGCUGUCUUCACUCGUCGUCGUCGUCCUCGCCCAGCGGCCGUGUGCUCCACUGCGUCCUCACAAGGGGCGGUUUCUGCUUCUUCAUCGACUCAUGGAAGCACUUCUCAUAGUCGGCCCUCUGCUGCUGACACCGCUGCAUUGCCUCCAGACCAGUGGACGUCUGCCCCGGCUGCGUGUGCUCCUCGAGGCACGCGAAGAACGCCUUGGACACCUCUUCGCACCCCUUGCGCACGAUGGGGAAGAACGGCGGCAUGUGAGUCGGGGCGGCAGGCUGAGCGGCCUCCGAUGGCUUGGAGGCGGCGGGCGGAGAGGCACUCGUGGACUCACUCAUCACUCAAUCCAAGUUGACUCACUACACAUCACAUGAGCACUGAGGCAGAUCUAUCAACAGAGCAGCACAUCAAGGCUAUCAGAACGACGGAAGAAGUCAGCCGACGCUGUACCCUCCCCUAGGGUUCC